UCUCUCUCUCUCCAUCCCCCCUCCCUCUCUCCCUCUCUCUCUAUCUCCCCCUCUCCCUCUCCCUCUCUCUCUCUCCAUCUCCAGGUUAUUGCUGCCCUUACUCAGUUUCUUCUUACGCCAUUAAAAGUGUCAUCAAAGGACUUCCAGAUUGCUUGUUGUGAUAAUAUUGAUAGACCUCCUUUAUCUGGUGGAGAUAUAUAUGGAUAUUGAAUUCCAUUUGCUUGAAACUAUUACAAACAAAUUUGCAGAUAAGGUUGGCAGUGGUGGGUAUGGUGAAGUUUACAAGGGGUUGUAUAAUGGAAAGGAGAUUGCGGUGAAGAGGCUUCAUCCCUUGCAAGGACUUGAUGAUAAGGCAUUUGACAGUGAAUUCCGUAACCUUAGUAAGGUCAAACAUAAAAAUGUUGUUCAGUUACUAGGCUACUGCUACCAAAUAGUUAAAAAGUUCGUUCCAUACAAUGGAGAACUAGUUAUGGCUAUGGAAAUGGAGAGAAUUCUCUGUUUCGAAUAUAUGGAGGGUGGAAGCCUCGAUAAACAUAUUGGAGGUACCGCCGAAGAUGAAUCUUGUGGACUUGACUGGCAAUCAUGUUACCAAAUUAUCAAAGGGACCUGCGACGGUUUAAAUCACCUCCAUGGAGCACAUGAAAAGCCUAUUUUCCAUCUGGACUUAAAACCAUCCAACAUAUUGCUGGAUAAGAACAGCAGGACGGCCAAAAUUGCAGAUCUUGGUUUGUCCAGACUUGUUGCUUCAACUGAAACCCAUAAAACACAGAUGGCCAACGUCAAAGGAACAAUCGGGUACAUGCCACCAGAAUACAUAGACGGUGGUUACAUAUCAAAGAAAUAUGACGUUUUUAGUCUGGGAGUUAUAAUUCUGAAAAUAAUGACAGGAAACAAGGGCCACUCCCGUUGUUAUGAAAUGCCUCAGGAACAGUUCACUAAGCAUGUAAUAGAGAACUGGGAGGCAAGGCUGCAGGGAACAUCGGGGUAUUCAUCACACCAAAACGACAUCCUACAAGUGAAGAAAUGUAUUGAAAUAGCAGUAGAAUGUGUGGAGAAAGCCCGAUAUAAAAGGCCCCUCAUAAAGGAUAUUGUCCAUCAACUGGAGGAGCUAGAAGCUAAGAUUAAGGAAAUGUCACUAUAUUCUGAUAUGCCAAUAGAUCUUACUGGUCAGACAAGUUCUAACUACAACAUUCUUGCGGUGGAUCCGGCAAUAGAGCUGCGCUUCCUAUUCGAGCCAAGGAAGGACAUAUCGACGUGUAUGCAGCUAACCAACCAGACGGAUGGCUCCGUAGCGUUUCGUGUCAUAACCAACCAAGCCAAGUACUCCGUACAACCAACCAAAGGAAUCAUGGCACCAUGUUCCAAGCGCUACAUCUAUGUGACCUUGCGCGCACAGGAUGCGGCACCGCUGAAUAUGCAGUGCAACGACAUGUUCGUUGUGCAGAGCACUCGUGUUAAUGACGGCCGCACGUCCGAUGGGAUCGCUGAUGACGAAGUCAUGGCAGGAACGGCGGUGGGUAUGGUGAGGCUGCCGAUUGUUUAUGUUGGGUGUGACCAAGUUCUAGGCUGAUAGUCACCAAGGCGAAGACGGUUAGGCCUUGUUGAGGCACUAGGUGCUUUGACGGCAGCAUGAUUCGGCGUUGGUAUUGGCCAUGGUUUCUUCAGUUCAAGUUUGUAAGCUGGAAAUCGCAGCAACUCGUUGUAUGUUUGUGGGCACUAUAUAAGCCCUUGUAUCUGAAACCUAGGUGGUAUUGACAAGAAAAGAUGAGCAGAUUAUAUUCCAUAAGUUCAGCUGUUGCUAUGUACCUUAGGAAGUCUAAGCAAGUAAACAUAUCUCUUGUGAGAGACAACAAUGUCUUGGGAGAAUAGCAGUGUUUAAAUUGUGGAUUUGGUUUUCAGAAUUCA